CGCUCGUUUUAAAGGCUGCCUUCUACCAUUGUAUAUUGUUGUCGCUAACGUUAGGAACACGAGGAGGUAUCAUGCUUCCGGAUUGCGUUCUGUCGACAAUACCAAGUCAAAGCAAGGACGGUUACACGCGGUUACAUCGCCGUUUCACAGUUUGCCGCCCGCUAGGGCUCCGCCAUGCAGUAGAUGGAAAAUCCGCAGCCCCCUUCGCCCUCCAUACACCCGUUCUUGAACACAACGGUGGCUUCGCCGAGUGAUGGAGACAUAUUCCAGCCCGACUACUGCGACACACCUCGCGACACCAAGCCCAACGCCAGACCGUUCACAGCAUCGGCAUCCAGCGAUACAUUGUACACAUGUGUGCAUUACGGUCGUAACCUGCAGACCCUCGUGGCAGCGCCACCGACGUCCUUUGUGGUGUGUCGGGUUGGGCGGGUGCUGGAACCGUCCAAUGCGAGCGAGUUUUGGAGCUGUCCCCACGGCGAAAAGCACGUGUACUCGAUGGCGUACACUCAAUUUGCCAGCUCUCGAAUCGUCGACUCUAGUUUCGAUCCAACGUUCAACGAAUUGCUUGUCGUCAAUAUUCCCCCGCAUGCCAGCGCGGAUGGGGCGGGAGGGGGGUGGGGCGUCCGACUGGACCUUAUCCAGCGCCCAAGUGCCAACAACCAAGGCGACGACAUCCUCUUGGCGUUUGCUUCGCUACCUCUCGACGGCUUUCGACCUGGAGCUGAGUUGUCCAUGACUCUAGCCUUCCCUCGACAAAGUCAAACCACCACCACCGAGCAGGCGGAGAUCUUCGUCACGAUGUUUCGACAACGGCGGGACGCUGCAAUGUCGACGCUGUGGCAUCGCCUCGAGUUGACCAUCGACGCUAUGCCAGCUACCCACGGGAGUUUGAAGCACGAACAAACGAUCGCAGUCGUUCAGAUCGUUCCCUCGGCAACGACGUCGGUGCCGCUCUUGGUCGAGUCCCCCCUGCCGUUCCCAACCAUUCGUUGCCAUGCUGACUUUGCAAAAGCGAACGAGAGCACCAACAAUUGCAGGGUCACCCCCGGCGGCCACGGGGACAGCACCAUGUUUGGAUGGCGAUAUCCCGCGCUGUUUGACUUUUCAAUUGUUCCAAACGCGUUCUUUAUUCAGGUCGCCCUAUAUGCCCCCAAAGCCACGUCCACGUACGUUUGCGUGGGGAGCAGCGCAGUGACCACGCUCGCUGUGCCGUCACGACAAGGGUCUAGUGUUCCGUGGCCAUCGAUUUUGAUGCGGAUGUCGGACGCUCCGUGGGAAAUGCCUCUGCAUGGGAUGCUUCGGUGGUGGGAAGGCGCAUCGUGGCAGGAUUUCCGGAAACAACGUGUGGUUUGUACGAACCGGCUGCAAGCCACCAACCAAUCACGGACAGUCCCACAAUGGAUGGCUGCGAUCGCUCGCGGUCUUAACCGACACCCGAUCUCCACGGUGGUGGACACGGGCGGAAUCGUCGGGAUGAUUGCUGCUAUGUACCAGUGUCGGGAUACCGCGUCAGACAGCAACGACCAAACCCAAUUGCCUUCCAAAAAGCAAGACGAUCCUGCCGUGGGCAAUUGGCAGGCGCAACUGCAAGGACUCGUGGCUGAAAUCGCUGCCAAACAAGCCUUUAUGGACAAGAUGCAAAUGGAAAUGGACAAGCGAACCAAUGCCAUCAAAUCUUGUGGUGUGGAAAUUGUCGACUUGCGGAAAAACGUCCAACGCAAGGACCAGCUAAUUCAAGCGCUUCAAUUGAAACUGCACAACUACGAAGUGCUCGAACAACGACAGCAAGAGGAAAUUCGACUUUGCCUCGAUGGCCAUGGCGUGAGCACCACCAGCUUCCCCGUACUUGCCCAACACUACACUAAACUUCAGAGCAAACACAACACACUGGAAGCGUCCCACGCACAACUGUCCAAAAAGCUGCUCGAAGCCCGGAAUUUCGAGGCUGAACUCCUUGAAACCAAGAUACAGUACAAAGCCCUGGAGGCGGCUCACUUGAGCCAAGCCAACUUUAUUCAAAAGGCCAACGCUGAAAUGCAAAAACUCGCAGUCUACAAGCAAACCAUAGCGACACAGGAAACAGUGAUCGGGAAGCUCGAAAAUCUCGUCGAAUCCAAACUCGCAGAGGCCAAAGCCAGCUCCGUGGGGCCAAAUGUCCACGCGGAAAUCUUUCGACUACGGCUUGAAAACUCCUACCUGAAGGAGCAACUCACGCUACGGUCCGCGUCGUCCAUGCAAGAGCAGCCGCACGCUUUGUCCAAGGCUAACCUCGAACCACUGGCAGCCGGCAAGUCUACCUUUUCUACAUCGUCACGAGCGCUGCAACCGUUAACAUCGACCACCCCCCCUCGCCGUCUCAAAUCCCCCAAUGUCAUCACGACUCCCCCGUCGACUCGGCGACUACGCCCACAGCCCAAUCAAUGCGAUACACUGACCAGCGUUGCCCCCCCACAGCCAGAAACGACAGACGCUAGCACCAAUACGGAGCCAUCCUCUCCCGUUGCCGCGGCCCGCAUGUCAGUUCCAUCCACCGACCACGACGACAACGACAAGACCGAGGACGUCCUGCGGGUCAAGAUUCGCGUGUUGGAGGACCAGUUGCGCCUCAACACGACGUCCGCCGCCCAGGAAAUCGCGGCGCUGAAAGCGCAUGUGUUUGAGCUUGAACUCGAGUCCCAACUGCACUAGUACUUAUUUGGACUCAAGUACUGGCAACUAGGUACUAGUAGACCGUUUAUUUAACCCGUUCGUUUUACAUGGCCAGCCAGUUGUUGUUGCCGAUUGUAAGCGCCAUGGAUCGCAUGAUCAAGUCGCGGAGUUCGUUCCAGAGCAUCGGCUGCUGCGCCUUCAUGCGCAUGUACUCGUCCCGGGUCAAGCAGUACACGGUCGAGUCGACGUUGGACCGUGCCGUCAUGUGGCGCGGCUGGUCGAGGAAGAAGUCCACUUCGCCAAACAUUCCCCCCACACAAACCUUUUCCAGCAUCGUAAUCGACGAGCUCUCGCCGUGAUCGACGCUGCCAUCUUUGUUCAUGUACAAGUCCACGCCGCCCCCGGCCAAGAUGUAGAACGCCCCCGAAGCAUCCGAAAUCUAGGCAAGAAAGUAACAUUCGACUCGUUUCGACCAACAAACGAUAUACGUACGACGUCUAAAGUUGCUGUAUUUCGUAAACAGCAAAUGAUAUAUACAAAGUUGAUGUUUUCCCCAAUCAGGAAAGAAAUGAUAUAUGAAAUAAUACAGCGUCACCACAAAGUUGACUUUUUU